AUGCGAGCCCCCUCUGCUCUGCGUCGCCUCCGCCGCCUGCCCGACGCGGCUGCGCUCGUCCAGCUGCAGAGCCUCACCCUCGACGCGAGCGAAGAGCUGAGUGAAUGGCUCCGGGCCCGGCGAGAGCCUCUCGUGCUCCUCUGCCGAGGGCCGGUGGGCGGCGCGGGCGCGCUCCUCCUCCUCGACGCCGCCACGGUGGUCGUCGCCGACACCACCUUCACUCUCUCCGUGCAGCCAGAGUGCUCUGUGCGCCUCCACAGGCGGCCUGAGGGGAUCGUGACAGCCACAACGCUGUCGGCGUCCGAUGCAGCACAAGCUGGCCUGGUGGACUCGGCUCUCUCGCCCGCCACUGCGGCCGCCGAGUCUCGCCGCCUCGUGCAGCGCCUCUCCUCUCUCCCUGCUCCGCUCUUGAAGACCUGCCGCUCGCUCCUGCCUGCGCCGAGUGUCGACGCCGCACUCGUUGCGAUGGGCUCGCUCCUUCCCAGCCCGCCACGCUCCAUCGGCAAGCGGCUCGUGCGGCUCUACGUCGAUGGCGAGUCGAAGGUGGCGGUGGUGGAGCUGAACGACCCGUCGCGCAUGAACAGCUUCUCGGCGGAGCUCGCCGAGGACGUGGCGGAGGCGGCGGCGAGCAUCGGCCGUGGCCCGCUCGUCAAGGCGGUUGUGCUCCAGGGCGCGGGCCCGCACUUCUCGGUCGGCGGCAACCCCUUUCAACGGGAGAAGGCGGCCGCGCCACUCGCUGCUGCUGCGCUCGGGUGCCAGGCGGCGUUUGACGGCUUUGGCGCACUGUACAAGCUCGGCGUGCCAUUGAUCGCUGCGGUACACGGCAAGCUGAUUGGCGGCGGCAUCGCUGCCUGCCUGCACGCUGACUACAUUGUGGCCGACUCGAAGGCCACGUUCGAGCACGGCAACCUCGUGCGCGGCGUCUGCCCUCUCGGCAUGCUGUCUCAGACCCUUCCAAACGCGGUGGGGCGAGCACGGGCGCUCUCCAUCUACCUUACCAACGACACGCUCGACGCCGCCGCAGCACACGAGGCGCGGCUCGCAGACGAGGUGUGUACCGAGGGAGUCGAGGCUACGCAGCGCCGCGCCUUCGACGUCGCGUGUGAGAUAGCGCGAGACGAUGCCGCGCAGGCCCUCUUGCAGUCUCGAGUCGCAGCCGACGUGGCGCACCGGGCCGCAGAGGCUGUCGGCCACGCCGAAUGCCGAUCGGCCAACGGCGGUGGCUACUCGACGGCCCCUGUCACCGACUCCUACGCCGUACCGCCGCUCGAUCUGACGCCCUUACUUCUCGAGCCACCCACCAUCGCCACCUCGCCCGAGUACACCGUCCACACCGCUUUCGUUCCCGCUUCUCUUGGCGACCUGGAGCUAGACUGGCCAGACAACGCGCUCCUCGUCUUCCGCGGCGUGGAGGGGUCUGAGCACUUCUGCCUCGGCGGCGACCCGUCGCAAGCCAACCUCGAGAGCGGCAGCUUUCUCGACGGCUUGCCCGCCUUUGGCCAGCUGCUCGAGCGGCUUCGCGACGCGCCGAUGCCAAAGGUGGUGGUUUGCCACGGCGCCACUCGCGGAGGAGGAAUGCUCUUCCCCUGCCUCGGCACGGCGGUGCUCGCGCACUCGGACGCCACCUUCGGCUUCCCCGAGAUCCGUCGCGGCGCCUUGCCCGGCGUGGUCAGCGUCGCGGCGAGGCGGCGGCUGAGCCCCGCGGCGUGCGAGUGGCUCUUCUGCACGGGCGACGCCAUCGACGCCGCCACCGCGCAGCGGCUCGGGCUGGUCGACUUUGUGGGGAGCUGGGAGGAGCUCGAUGCCGAGGUGGCGCGGCUGGAGCGCCACUUCCUCUCGUCAGCGCCGAGGCUGCGCGCGCCAUCGCCCUUGCCAGCCCCCGAGGUGACGAUUGAGGCGGACGCGGACUCGCGGGUGGCGCUGCUCGAGGUGACUGCCGCGUCGGUCGGAGGCCUGUGGCGCGAUGCGCUCCUGGUUCUGGACAAGCUCUCGCCGACUUUGCGAGUGCUCGUCCUCUCCGCGGAGGGGCAGGGUGGACCGUCGGACAGCCUGUCUCGCGAGGCGUGCCACCGCCUCGACGCCGCGAUGAGCAGGCUCAGCGAGGCGGGCGUCGUCGUCCUCUGCUGCGUGCGAGGGCAGGCUGCGGGCCUGCUGCUGCAUGCAUGCCUCGGGGCGCACUAUCGCAUCGUGGAGGUAGGGGCUGCGUUUUCCUUCGACGGCGAGAGUGAGUGCACUCGAGCGGCGGCCUUCCGAUUGCUCCAAGCCGACGACGCAAAGUGCCUUCUGCAAGAAGGGGCCGUGAGCUCGGCUCGAGCUCUAGAGCUGGGCCUUGCGAGCGAGCGGGUCGAGGGCGCUGGUGAGCGAGCGCUGCAGUUUGCGCAUUGGCUCGUGCAGCACCCGGCGGUAGGCGUGCGGCACAUGCUGCGGCUCACCUGUCGCCCGGCAGCUGACGAGGCGGCGCAAGAGGCCAGGCGCAGCAACGAGGCGCUGCUUCUUGAAGGGCUGAGCAGUCCGCCCCGGGCUUUGCCCGCCGCGAAGCGGGAGGGGCUCCAUCUCCGAUCCCUCCAGCCGCCAAGCGAGCGCCUGCUGGCCGCGGCAGCCGCCCGCCGGAAGCUGCCCUCUCCGCCGCCAGCAGCAGCACCCGCCCUCCUACCGAGCCCACACCCUCCCUCUGAGACCACCUCCCGCCACGCCGGCCUGCACGCGCUCGAGGUGUACGUGCCUCGCCACGCCGUCUCUGCGGCCGAGCUCGAGACCGCGCACGGCGUGCCGGGCAAGUACACGGUCGGGCUGCGGAUGGCCGAGUGGGCCGCGUGCGACGAGGACGAGGACGUCGUGUCGAUGGCGCUCACGGCGGUGCGGCGGCUGGUCGAGGCGCAGGGCUUGCGGUACGAGGACGUGGGCAUGCUGCAGGUGGGGACCGAGUCGCUGCUCGACCGGUCGAAGAGCGUGAAGAGCCACCUGAUGGCGCUCUUUGCGCCGCACGGCUGCGCCAACGUGGAGGGCAUCGACUGCUACCACGCCUGCUACGGCGGCACGGCGGCGCUGCUCGCGUGCGCCAACUGGGUGGAGAGCUCGGCGUGGGACGGGCGGUGGGCGAUCGCCGUGUGCACCGACGUGAGCGACGCGCCCAAGCAGUACCCCUUCAUGAACGGCGCGGCGUGCGUGGCGAUGCUGGUCGGACCGGACGCGCCCCUCGCGCUCGAGGCCGGCCGCGUGAGCCACAUCGUGCACGAGUGGGACUUCUACAAGCCGGUGGGCUGGCCGACGAUGGGCCCGAUCAUCGACGGCCCCGGCUCGAUGGAGGUGUACUUCUCGUGCCUCGCCGCCUGCCAGCGCGAGGUCGAGGCGCGGGGCGGCGGCACCUUUGUCGACGCGCACGACUUCCUCGUCUUCCACCUCGGCGGCGGGCCCAAGUUUGUGCGGCACGCCUUUGAGAGCGCCGUCGCCGCGGCGCACGGCGAGGGCUCUGUCGGCGAGGAGGAGGUGGAGGCGAUGUUCGAGCGGCUGGUGGCUCCGUCGCUCCGCCUCGCCUCGCGCAUCGGCCCGAUGCACACCGCCGCCACCUACGUCAACCUCGUCUCGCUCCUGCUGCACGCGUCCCCGCCGGUCGGCUCUCGCAUCGGCGUCUUCUCGUUCGGCUCGGGCGCCGCGUCGACGAUGUACGCCCUGCGCGUGCGCGGCGAGGCGCGUGUGGACGCGGCGGCGCUGGUAGGCAUGCUCGACUCGCGGGAGGUGCUGCCUCCGUCCGACUUUGUGGCGGUGUGCGACCGCUUCUCGGCGACGUACGGCCGCUUCGACUGGACGCCUCGCGUGCGGGGCGUGUCGCCGGCGCGCAGCUACCGCCUCAAGGCGGUGGGCGUGCUGGGGCGGCGGGAGUACGAGUACGUGCCGUUUGACGAGGUGCAGCUGAGGGCACCCGACGUGGCUGCUGCUAAGGCGACAGAGAGCGUCGUGCAAGCUGCGUCGGCCUCAUCACCUGCGCUGUUGCAGCUCCUCGCCUCCCUCGCCGGCGGCGGCAGCCAGGGCCCUGCCGCCACCGCCGCUCCCUCGGUCGACGUGGCGGCUGUGGUGGCAUCGGUGGCGAGCGAGGUGGCGGGCGGCGAGGUGGACGCCGACGCGCCGCUGAUGGAGGCGGGCCUCGACUCGCUCGGCGCCGUCGAGCUCCGCACGCGGCUGGCGUCGGAGCUCGGCGACGCCGCCCUGCCCGAGACGCUGGUCUUCGACUUCCCGACGCUGCGGCAGCUCGAGGCGCACCUGUCGGCGAGGGUGGCCCCGGCGGCGCCUGCUGCAUCGGCCGAGCCUCCGCCUCUGCCUCCUCUCGUGUACAAGCGCCGCUCGUUCCCCUGGUACGAGGCAAAGGACAAGGGGCUGCCACCGAGCUGCAGACUGGCUGGCGGCAUGCGAGCCUCCUCUGCUCUGCGUCGCCUCCGCCGCCUGCCCGACGCGGCUGCGCUCGUCCAGCUGCAAAGUAUCACCCUCACUGCGAGCGAGGAGCUGAGUGAAUGGCUCCGGGCCCGGCGAGAGCCUCUCGUGCUCCUCUGCCGAGGGCUGGUGGGCGGCGCGGGCGCGCUCCUCCUCCUCGACGCCGCCACGGUGGUCGUCGCCGACACCACCUUCACCCUCUCCGUGCAGCCAGAGUGCUCUGUGCGCCUCCACAGGCGGCCUGAGGGGAUCGUGACAGCCACAACGCUGUCGGCGUCCGAUGCAGCACAAGCUGGCCUGGUGGACUCGGCUCUCUCGCCCGCCACUGCGGCCGCCGAGUCUCGCCGCCUCGUGCAGCGCCUCUCCUCUCUCCCUGCUCCGCUCUUGAAGACCUGCCGCUCGCUCCUGCCUGCGCCGAGUGUCGACGCCGCACUCGUUGCGAUGGGCUCGCUCCUUCCCAGCCCGCCACGCUCCAUCGGCAAGCGGCUCGUGCGGCUCUACGUCGAUGGCGAGUCGAAGGUGGCGGUGGUGGAGCUGAACGACCCGUCGCGCAUGAACAGCUUCUCGGCGGAGCUCGCCGAGGACGUGGCGGAGGCGGCGGCGAGCAUCGGCCGUGACCCGCUCAUCAAGGCGGUUCUGCUCCAGGGCGCGGGCCCGCACUUCUCGGUCGGCGGCAACCCCUUUCAAAGGGAGAAGGCGGCCGCGCCACUUGCUGCUGUUGCGCUCGGGUGCCGAACAUUGUACGACGGCUUUGGCGCGCUGUACAAGCUCGACGUGCCAUUGGUUGCCGCGGUGCACGGCAAGCUGAUUGGCGGCGGCGUCGCUGCCUGCCUGCACGCUGACUACAUUGUGGCCGACUCGAAGGCCACGUUCGAGCAUGGCAACCUCGUGCGCGGCGUCUGUGUUCUCGGCAUGCUGUCUCAGACCCUUCCAAACGCGGUGGGGCGAGCACGGGCGCUCUCCAUCUACCUCACCAACGACACGCUCGACGCCGCCGCGGCACACGAGGCGCGGCUCGCAAAUGAGGUGUGUACCGAGGGAGUCGCGGCUACGCAGCGCCGCGCCUUCGACGUCGCGUGUGAGAUAGUUCGAGGAGAUGCCGCGCAGGCCCUCUUGCAGUCUCGAGUCGCAGCCGACGUGGCGCACCGGGCCGCAGAGGCUGUCGGCCACGCCGAAUGCCUAUACGCCAACGGUGGUAGCUACACAAAGGCCCCUGUUACCGACUCCUACGCUGUACCGCCGCUCGAUCUGAUGCCGUUCCUUCUCGAGCCACCCACCAUCGCCACCUCGCCCGAGUACUCUGUCCACACCGUUUUCGUUCCCGCUUCUCUUGGCGGCCUGGAGCUAGACUGGCCAGACAACGCGCUCCUCGUCUUCCGCGGCGUGGAGGGCGCUGAGCACUUCUGCCUCGGCGGCGACCCGUCGCCAGCCAACCUCGAGAGCGGCAGCUUUCUCGACGGCUUGCCCGCCUUUGGCCAGCUGCUCGAGCGGCUUCGCGACGCGCCGAUGCCAAAGGUGGUGGUUUGCCACGGCGCCACUCGCGGAGGAGGAAUGCUCUUUCCCUGCCUCGGCACGGCGGUGCUCGCGCACUCGGACGCCACCUUUGGCUUCCCCGAGAUCCGGCGCGGCGCCUUGCCCGGCGUGGUCAGCGUCGCGGCGAGGCGGCGGCUGAGCCCCGCGGCGUGCGAGAGGCUCUUCUGCACGGGCGACGCCAUCGACGCCGCCACCGCGCAGCGGCUCGGGCUGGUCGACUUUGUGGGGAGCUGGGAGGAGCUCGAUGCCGAGGUGGCGCGGCUGGAGUGUCACUUCCUCUCGUCAGCGCCAAGGCUGCGCGCGCCAUCGCCCUUGCCAGCCCCCGAGGUGACGAUUGAGGCGGACGCGGACUCGCGGGUGGCGCUGCUCGAGGUGACUGCCGUGUCUGUCGAGGGCCUGUGGCGCGAUGCGCUCCUGGUUCUGGACAAGCUCUCGCCGACUUUGCGAGUGCUCGUCCUCUCCGCGGAGGGGCAGGGUGGGCCGUCGGACAGCCUGUCUCGCGAGGCGUGCCACCGCCUCGACGCCGCGAUGAGCAGGCUCAGCGAGGCGGGCGUCGUCGUCGUCUGCUGCGUGCGAGGGCAGGUUGAGGGUCUGCUGCUGCAUGCAUGCCUCGGGGCGCACUAUCGCAUCGUGGAGGCAGGGUCGGCGUUUUCCUUCGACGGCGAGAGUGAGUGCACUCGAGCGGCGGCCUUCCACUUGCUCCAAGCCGACGACGCAAAGUGCCUUCUGCAAGAAGGGGCCGUGAGCUCGGCUCGAGCUCUGGAGCUGGGCGUUGCGAGCGAGCGGGUCGAGGGCGCUGGUGAGCGAGCGCUGCAGUUUGCGCAUUGGCUCGUGCAGCACUCGGCGGUCGGCGUGCGGCACGUGCUGCGGCUCACCUGUGGCCCAGCAGCUGACGAGGCGGCGCAAGAGGCCAGGCGCAGCAACGAGGCGCUGCUUCUCGAGGGGCUGAGCAGUCCAAAGGCCUUGCCUGCCGCUAAGCAGGAGGGGCUCCAUCUCCGAUCCCUCCAGCCGCCAAGCGAGCGCUUGCUGGCCGGCGCAGCCGCCCGCCGGAAGCUAUCCUCUCCGCCGCCAGCACCAGCACCUGCCCUCCUACCGAGCCCGCACCCUCCCUCUGAGACCACCUCCCGCCGCGCCGGCCUGCACGCGCUUGAGGUGUACGUGCCUCGCCACGCCGUCUCUGCGGCCGAGCUCGAGACCGCGCACGGCGUGCCGGGCAAGUACACGGUCGGGCUGCGGAUGGCCGAGUGGGCCGCGUGCGACGAGGACGAGGACGUCGUGUCGAUGGCGCUCACGGCGGUGCGGCGGCUGGUCGAGGCGCAGGGCUUGCGGUACGAGGACGUGGGCAUGCUGCAGGUGGGGACCGAGUCGCUGCUCGACCGGUCGAAGAGCGUGAAGAGCCACCUGAUGGCGCUCUUUGCGCCGCACGGCUGCGCCAACGUGGAGGGCAUCGACUGCUACCACGCCUGCUACGGCGGCACGGCGGCGCUGCUCGCGUGCGCCAACUGGGUGGAGAGCUCGGCGUGGGACGGGCGGUGGGCGAUCGCCGUGUGCACCGACGUGAGCGACGCGCCCAAACAGUACCCCUUCAUGAACGGCGCGGCGUGCGUGGCGAUGCUGGUCGGACCGGACGCGCCCCUCGCGCUCGAGGCCGGCCGCGUGAGCCACAUCGUGCACGAGUGGGACUUCUACAAGCCGGUGGGCUGGCCGACGAUGGGCCCGAUCGUCGACGGCCCCGGCUCGAUGGAGGUGUACUUCUCGUGCCUCGCCGCCUGCCAGCGCGAGGUCGAGGCGCGGGGCGGCGGCACCUUUGUCGACGCGCACGACUUCCUCGUCUUCCACCUCGGCAGCGGGCCCAAGUUUGUGCGGCACGCCUUUGAGAGCGCCGUCGCCGCGGCGCACGGCGAGGGCUCUGUCGGCGAGGAGGAGGUGGAGGCGAUGUUCGAGCGGCUGGUGGCUCCGUCGCUCCGCCUCGCCUCGCGCAUCGGGCCGAUGCACACCGCCGCCACCUACGUCAACCUCGCCUCGCUCCUGCUGCACGCGUCCCCGCCGGUCGGCUCUCGCAUCGGCGUCUUCUCGUACGGCUCGGGCGCCGCGUCGACGAUGUACGCCCUGCACGUGCGCGGCGAGGCGCGUGUCGACGCGGCUGCGCUGUUGGGCAUGCUCGACGCGCGGGAGGUGCUGCCUCCGUCCGACUUUGUGGCGGUGUGCGACCGCUUCUCGGCGACGUACGGCCGCUUCGACUGGACGCCUCGCGUGCGGGGCGUGUCGCCGGCGCGCAGCUACCGCCUCAAGGCGGUGGGCGUGCUGGGGCGGCGGGAGUACGAGUACGUGCCGUUUGACGAGGUGCCGCUGAGGGCGCCCGACGUGAUAACUGCUGAGGGGACAGAGAGCGUCGUGCAAGCUGCAUCGCCCUCAUCACCUGCGCUGCUGCAGCUCCUCGCCUCCCUCGCCGGCGGCGGCAGCCAGCGCCCUGCCGCCACCGCCGCCCCCUCGGUCGACGUGGCGGCUGUGGUGGCGUCGGUGGCGAGCGAGGUGGCGGGCGGCGAGGUGGACGCCGACGCGCCGCUGAUGGAGGCGGGCCUCGACUCGCUCGGCGCCGUCGAGCUCCGCACGCGGCUGGCGUCGGAGCUCGGCGACGCCUCCCUACCCGAGACGCUGGUCUUCGACUUCCCGACGCUGCGGCAGCUCGAGGCGCACCUGUCGGCGAGGGCGGCCCCGGCGGCUGCAGGGCCGCAGCUUGGAGACGGCUCUGCCGCGCUGCUGCAGCUCCUCGCCUCCCUCGCCGGCGGCGGCAGCCAGGGCCCUGCCGCCACCGCCGCUCCCUCGGUCGACGUGGCGGCUGUGGUGGCGUCGGUGGCGAGCGAGGUGGCGGGCGGCGAGGUGGACGCCGACGCGCCGCUGAUGGAGGCGGGCCUCGACUCGCUCGGCGCCGUCGAGCUCCGCACGCGGCUGGCGUCGGAGCUUGGCGACGCGUCCCUGCCCGAGACGCUUGUCUUCGACUUCCCGACGCUGCGGCAGCUCGAGGCGCACCUCAAGCAGGCAACAGUCAAAGAGAUGGCUGUCUCCCCUGUAGAGGUGUACGUGCGGCAGGCUGGUAGCGUCCGCGGUGUUGCCCUUCGCUCGCAAGCCCCCACGCUCGCGAACGUGGAUGCCAACGAGAUCGAGGUAGUCACCAAGGCGACCGGAUUGAACUUCCGUGACGUUGUCAAUAUCCUGGGCCAGGACCCGACUGGACAGGUCCGGCCGUUAGGCUUGGAAUGUGCUGGAAUAGUACGUGCGGCAGGCUCCGACGUGCGUCACCUUUCCCACGGUAUGCCUUGCUUUGGCAUUGGACUUGGCUGCCUUCGCAGCUGGGUGCGCUGCGACGCGCAUCUCCAAGUUCAAAUGCCGCGAGUGGUAGGGUUUGAGGAAGCGUGCACGCUGCCAAUCUUGUGGCCCACCGUCUCUCUUGUGAUGACGGAGCUCGGGUGUGGCCGGCACGGAAUCGGUAUCCUUGCCUCUGCUGGCCAGCCCAAAAAGCACCUCUUCCUGCAACGACUCGGAGUGCGUGCCAGGGCGAGCUCCCGCGAUCCGAAAGCGUUUGCCCAUGGUGGCAAUUUGCUCACUACCGCUGGACGACUCGAUGCAGUUUUGGCUGCCUCACUAGCUGGGGAUUUCACCCCCACCUCCUUGGCGCUACUCAAAGAGGGUGCUCGCUUCUUAGAGAUCGGCAAAAACAAGGUGUGGAGUCAAAUGCGAAUGGAUGCUGCGGGCCCAGCAGGCCGCUUCCAGCUGGUGGCUGCUGACUACAUGCCGAAGGCCUGGUGGGCGGCGAAACUUGAAAGCCUGGCGUCCGCGCUCGGACGGGGCUUGCUCGACAGGUGGCACAGCCGGGUGGCUUUAUGGGCGAGCGCGGGAUGGGCGCAGUUGUUUUGGCAAGCCUAA